UUGCGGAUUGCGCCACCCGGCGGAAUUCGUCGGGAUUGCACCUCCGGGAGGGAGUGUCCGCCCAACAGGUCCCAGCAUGCUUCAUUCUUACGUUCGGGUUACUUGCUUGGCAGCACGCAAAAUAAGAGAGCCAAGAAUUCUGCAUUUUAAACAACAUCCUUCAGUCAUCCUUCAUUCAGCUGAGUCAGAAAGUGCAUGCAAGAAUGUGGGGCGCAGGGAAGAGGAAGUCGAGAAGGCCGGCGAGAUUCGUAGACUACUAUACAGAAGGUUUAGAUGAACAACAGCGGGACGACGUUCGGCCGAGGUCAACCUCGACCCCGAGAUUCCCAGUUCCAAAACCGAGAGAGGCAAGGCGAGAAGUAGACGUGGACGAAGUGGAGGAAGAGAUAAGGGAGGCUACAAGGGAAAUAGAGGCCUUGAAGGUGGAUUUACAGCGGAUGGAAAGGUCAGUGCUUGAAGUUCAAGAAGGUCAACAACAAAAUGGCGAACGAAAAACCCGCCAUUCGCGUGACGUCACGGCUGCGAAGUCUCGCGAGAACUCGCCUACUCUCGGGCGCCAUCUUGGGGACGGCAGGCGCGAGCCCCAAACACGAAUCUCGGCCAACGAACUACGCCAGUUCACUCGGAUGAAGCAAGACCUACAUACCAGGGCAGCCUCGUCCCCGCCACCGUCUCGCGGACGUAGCAAGAAAGCGGCAGCCAGCGCGCGGAGCUCGAGCUCGUCUUCCGAAUCAUCGACCUCACGCUCGAGCUCAAGUGAUCACUCCAGAGCCUCCAGAGAUGCAGACUUUCAGUGGAAACUUUUGGAGGAGGACACUAGGACAACUCAGGCAUCAGUGUUCGCGGUCGGCACAUCUCGUAAUCAUCAGACUCAUAUUUCCACUUACCUUAAUUUCUGCAACUACUUUGGCAUAGUUCCUAUGCCUGCCAAUCCACACAACCUGGCGUGCUACGCCCAGUUCCUGUCACGUUCUCUGCGGUCCUCGGACUCUAUAGCACAUUACCUAUCGAGCGUGAAGCUCUUCCAUCACCUGAACGGGUUCACCACAUUUAGUUUGGAUCACUUCGAAAUUGCGCACACGAUGAAAGGACUUAAGAAACGAUUGCAGCAUCGUCCUCGUCAGCAUGGUAGGGUGGACAUUCCAUUACUAGUCGAUCUCGCGGGCUGUUUCAAUCCCCAGGUGCCACGGGACGCAGCCAUUUGGGCAGCCAUCGUGUUCAGUUUCUUCACAUUCUUUCGUCGUUCAAAUGUAGUGUUGGAUUCUAAGACGCAGUUUGACCCGAAGAAGCACUUGAAGAGGCGGGAUAUUCUCGUAUCACCGGCUGGGUUGCUCAUCUACGUCACGUGGACUAAGACUCUACAGAGUCGCGAACGGGUUCUCUCAGUUCCACUAUUGCCGAUACCGGGUUCGCCGAUUUGCCCGGUUGCCGCCUACACGCACAUGUGUGACUUAAUCCCAACAGAGCCAGAUCAGCCCGCGUUCGUGGUACCUACGAGGGGUCGUAAGCUGAGACCAUUAACCACAUCGAUGUUGGAGAAGGCGUUCGCGCGAGCAGCAGCUUCCAUUGGAAUACCCGCAGGUUCCCUGACUCUACACGAUCUACGCAGAGGAGGGUACACGCUGGCCUUCCAGGCUGGCGUGCCGCGUGAACUACGACAGCUGCAUGGAGACUGGCGGUCGGACGCGGACCAUGUGUACCUGUCGACCACGGUGGCUGAUCGUCUGAGGGUACCGGCGGCUCUGAGAGACUACGUCCUGAGACACAGCAUCGCGUGAACACUAUUGACACAGACUGAGAGCACGGACUUUGUUUUGUGAAUGGACUUAGUUGGACAGUAAGCUUAGAAGUUUUGUAUAAGAAACCAACAAGUUGUAAAGAUGUCAAUAGUUUAAUAGCAGUCCACAUGCCAUAGUGGGACUCAGUUCAUCUGUCAGGACAUCACACAAUUUAUUCUAAUCCGCUACUGUUGUAGUUAUAUAGGACAUUUGUUCAGCCAGUUGUGUUUACCUUAGUUAGGGUACAUCAAGUUAUGAGUGUUUUACUCAGGUUAUCAGGUUUCCUUUCCGGACAAGCCCGGCAGCACAUCUCAGGAGAGAUAAACUACGAUAAUGAGACGAGAUAGAAGUUUAGCUAUUAUACUUAAUGUUUCACUGAAUUGUUGGCUAGGUCUCAAGCUCAGCCUUAUCAGGUUUUUUUUGUUGAAGUUAGUUAGGGCCCUCUUACACGUGUACUUCCGAGUGUAUUAACUAGUCAGUUAUACAACUUCAACUUCGGCACGUUAUUCUUGUUCAGACAGACAUCUCACGAAAGAUCCGUUAUGACAAUGUGGAGUAAUGAACCGUUCAAUGUUUCUGAUAUAUAAUUCCGCACAGUUGUGUACUUUGUUCUGCAGACAGUUUGCUAUUUUCAAGGCCCAGGGGCCUGGAGGGCGGACACUCUCUCCUUUCACAUAACAGCACACUUUCCUUGGCCGUGUCUGCGACACCUUGGCAUUCUCAGAGUUUCUUUGAAGUGAUUAAAACUCUGAACUUCGGCCAAACGAAAGCCUCUGUCUCUUCCCUGGUGUAAUCGGUUGCGGAUUGCGCCACCCGGCGGAAUUCGUCGGGAUUGCACCUCCGGGAGGGAGUGUCCGCCCAACAGGUCCCAGCAUGCUUCAUUCUUACGUUCGGGUUACUUGCUUGGCAGCACGCAAAAUAAGAGAGCCAAGAAUUCUGCAUUCCCACCCACCACUCCCUGGCUGCCAGGCAUGUAGCCUUUUGCGUGGGAAGGGGGCAUACCGUAGGGCAUUCUCAGAGUUUCUUUGAAGUGAUUAAAACUCUGAACUUCGGCCAAACGAAAGUCUCUGUCUCUUCCCUGGUGUAA